UAAUUUGAGGUUAACCGGAAAAAGGCUUCAAGCCCUCGAAUUAUAAUUCUUCGUGUGUAAAAAUAAUUAAUUAGUUUUUACUGAGUUUAUGAAUAUAUAAAUUGACGAAGAAAGAUUUUAAAUCUAACGACCAAGUAUAACGACAUCCGAAUGCCUGCAACAAUUCCCUAUGACGGAAAACCGAACAGGUCCACAGACAAUAGAGUUCCUGACAAAAAGGGUUUCAGCUCUCGGAGCAGUACAGACUGGCCAAUUUUUGGUUGACUGCGAAACUUAUAUGUCCGUUCCUCAGCUCGGCGUUCAAAGAACCGUCCAUGUCCUGCACAAUUCCGAACAACCGGCCUCGGUAUUCGCCGUACUCGAGUCCGGGUCCAAAGUCAUUCCGCUCAUCGCCGACGGCCUCUUCGAUCUUCUUAUGCUCAAAAUCGCCAACUAUUAUACCAGCAAAAAACAAACCAAAAUCGAAUGCAAGGGACCCAGAUUCGAAAUUGGCGACUUUUGCGUAAAACUCGGAUGCGUCACCAUGAGCCAAAACUUCAAAGGCGUUCUCGUCGAGGUGGAGUACAGACCCUGCGUCGUGCCAGGAAGUGCGUGGGAUCUCAUGAGAGAAUUCCUUCAGGGCUUUCUUGGAUCCGGCGUGCCCAAUCAGGCUCCUCAGUAUCUUCAAAAUCGUAUGAACGAUCUCUACCAACCCAUGGACACCAUACAACAAUAUCUGGAACAUUUUGGACAGUACAGAAAAACUACCGGAGUCCUUUGAGGCCUUCGACGAACAACGGAGUCGAGGGAGCUCCGAUGCACGCGAUCCAAUCAUUGCAUCCUCGCAAAACUCAUUCCUCAUUCGCAAUCAAAGUGACGAUAUGUAAUCGACGCAUUUAAAUAAAAAACCGUCGAAACUCGA